AGUGCAGAGCGGGGACGGCGAGUGGUGGGCCUGGCUGCAGGGGACGGGCGGUGGGGGCACAGGGUGUGCAGUGCCAUGUCUGCGAGGGACGGCUGCAGCCACCCAUGAUGAGGAGCACCCGGAGCCCCAGCUUCACCCCACAGCCCCCCCAGACCCACUCCUGCUGCACUGCCCAGCUGGAGGGAUCAAUGCGGGGUACCCUAUGAGGAGGAGCUGCACAUCGCCCAUCGGGACCCCCAUGCUCUGGGCCCCCACCUUCACCUUCCUUGGCAGUCAGCCCAUGUGGGGUGGGGGACGCAACGCAGUGUAGCUGACAUUGUGCCACCCACGAGGAUGGCAGCAGCAAGCUGGUACCACCGGGACAUCAGCAGGGUGGUGGCUGAGGAGCUGCUGGCCAAGGCUGGGCGGGACGGCUGCUUCCUGGUGCGGGACAGUGAGUCCAUCGCAGGGGCGUACGCCCUGUGCCUCCUGUUCCAGCGGCACGUCCACACCUACCGCAUCCUGCCCGACGAGGAGGGGCUGCUCUCUGUCCAGACCAUCCAGGGUAUCCAGGCCAAGUGCUUCCGCAGCCUCCCCGAGCUGAUCAGUGCCUACCAGCAGCCCAACAAUGGGUUGGUGACACCUCUGCUCUACCCCGUGCACCGGCUCCGGGAAGCAGCUGACGAGGACUCUGAUGGGGAGGAUGGAAGAGGCGGCCAUGUGGGCAGCAUGGUGCCUGCCGGGGUUAAUGGGGGGAGCACGGGGCCUGGUGCUCCCCCCACCCAUCCCCACAUCUCACAGCAGCUGCAGCUGAGGCUUCAGGAGCAGGUCCACAGCAGCCCGUCCAGUGACUUCAUGGGCUUCAUGGCUGACUACCUGGCACAGCACCUGCCGCUGGACCUGGCUGCCCUGCGCAGUGGGCACCCGCAGCUGCGCCAUCUCAGUGCUGCUCUCGUCACCGCCUGCCGGGCGCUGCACAGUGAGAUCGACUUCACGCUGGCAGGGCUGGAGACUCUGGCCAGAGUGUUUGAUCCCCCCGUGUCCCCACGCAGUCCAGCCAGGGAGCAGGGUUUUUCAGCCAGCAGUCCUGAUCUGGAGCUGCUCCUCAGCAAGAUCUCAGCUGUCAACCACCUGCUCUCAUCACUGGAGAAGAAGGUGCUGAUGUCACUGCAGGACACGGUGUCACGGCACAACCUGGCACUGCCCAGCCCCGUGUCCCCACUGCCAGACACCAAGCCCAUGGCCACGCAGUGCUUCGAGGUGAAGGUGGGCAAGUCGCAGCGCGCAGCCCUGACAGUGGAUGUGGAGGAAGGCACAGUGACCAUCACCAAGAGGGGCGGUGGGUCCCCAGAGGAGGUCAUCCCGCAGGACAAAAUCCUGCAGCUGAUCAAGUACCAGAGCGUGCAGAGCAAGGUGAGGCUGGUGUACAACCGUGACCUGCAGAGGAGCCUGAGCAAGGACUUUGUCUUCCCCAGUGCAAAGAAGCGAGAAGCCUUUUGCCAGCUGCUGCAGCUGAUGAAGAUCCAACACUCCAACCUGGAUGAACCUGACCUCAUCUCAAUUUAUGUCGGGACGUGGAACAUGGGCAGCACACCGCCACCCCGCUCCCUCGCCUCCUGGCUGACCUCGAGGGGCCUGGGACACACACAGGACGAGACCACCGCCUGCAUCCCACACGACAUCUACGUCAUCGGCACGCAGGAGAACUCCCUGGGUGACCGCGAGUGGGUCGACUUCCUGCGUGCCUCCCUGAAGACGCUGAUGGCCAUCGACUACCAAGUGGUGGCCCUGCAGUGCCUCUGGAGCAUCAAGAUGGUGGUGCUGGUGAAGCCAGAGCACAAGCGGCGCAUCAGCCACGUCCACACCUCCAGCGUCAAAACAGGGAUUGCCAACACUCUGGGGAACAAGGGGGCCGUGGGUGUCUCCUUUCUUUUCAAUGGGACGUCCUUUGGUUUUGUUAACUGCCACCUGGCCUCGGGCAGCGAGAAGACCCACAGGCGGAACCAGAACUACAGUGACAUCCUGCGCUCGCUGGCACUGGGCGACAAGCGGCUCAGCGCCUUCGACCUCACGCUGCGCUUCACCCACCUCUUCUGGUUCGGGGACCUCAACUACCGCCUGGAUAUGGAUGUGCAGGACAUCCUGACCCACAUCACUAAGAAGGAGUUUGACAUCCUCCUAGCCAUGGACCAACUCAACCUGGAGCGGGAGAAGAACAAGGUGUUCCUGCAGUUCCGUGAGGGUGACAUCUCCUUCCCACCCACCUACCGGUAUGAGCGGGGCUCCCGGGACAGCUACAUGUGGCAGAAGUUCAAGACCACAGGGAUGAGGAUCAAUGUCCCCUCGUGGUGUGACCGUAUCCUCUGGAAGUCUCUCCCAGAGACCCACCUGGUCUGCAGCUCCUAUGGCUGCACUGACGACAUCGUCACCAGCGACCACUCGCCCGUCUUUGCCACCUUUGAGGUGGGUGUGACGUCGCAGUUUGUGCCCAAGAAGGCUCCUGGCACUGGUCCCGAGCCCCUGGCCUGCAUCGAGUGGGACAGCAUCGAGGUGAUCGUCAAAACUGCCAGCCGCAGCAAGUGCUACAUCGAGUUCCACUCCUACUGCCUGGAGGAGGCACAGCGCAGUGGGGAGAACACCUCGCAGAGCUGCGACGUCCCCGGCUUCCUCAGGAUGUGCUGGUCAGCAAAGCAGCUGCCCGUGCUGAACCCCAUCCUGCCCGACCUGGAGUACCUGGGUGACCAGCACCUGCUCCUCAGCAUCAAGGGCACGGAGAGCUGCGAGUCGUAUGGCGAGUGCUGCAUCGCGAUGCGGUCGAUGAUCGGCAGCAUGGCCCAGCAGUUUGAGACCUUCCUCUUCCACCGUGGUGAGGAGACGGGCUCCAUGCGGGGCUGGAUGAAGGUCCGCGUCCCCAAGGACAGGCGCAGCACCCGCGAGAGGCUCUAUGAGUGGAUCAGCUUUGAGGAGGAGGAGGAGGAUGCUCCAGCAGAGGACUCCCCGCUGUGCCCCAAGCCACUCCUCAGGAGCCGUCCCCGCAGUCUCCCAGAGGUGACCAGCAGCUACACCAACCCGGCCUACUUCAUCUUCGAGGGACUGCCCGCCACGUGGGCGUUGGGUGCAGACACACAGGAGUACAGCCCCAUGCGGGGUCCCCCCCAGACACGGGCCCCUUUGCCCUCACCCUGCAGGUCCCUGCUAAGUCCUCCUGGUGUGGGCAGGCAGAAGCGCCCCAAAUCGGCCGUCCUGGCGAGGGAUGUGCCAGAGAAGGGCGACUGCUCACUGACGGCGCUGCACAUGGCCACCUGCAUGAGCCAGCUGGAACGCAUGGCCCCCAGGGGUGAAGGGGACGGCCACCAAAUGCUGCUGCAUCAGAGCCACAGUGCCCCUCAGCCACCCCCACCACGCUGCCGGGGGGUGCCGGGGCAUAGGAUGAACGCUCACCAGCAUGGCCACCACAGAGAGUGGUGCUGUGGCAGGUCCUGCAGCGCUGGCACUGGGCCAGGCCACGCUGGAGUGCAGCAGUGCGAGGAGGGGCUGUGUGCACGUGGCUGGGACAGCACUGAGGUCUUCAGGUACCCCCCAGCCCUGGAGCUGGCAGCAGCAGGCACGGAGCAGGGCGGCACUGCUGUCCCCAGGGUCCCCAGUAGAGCCCUGCACCUGGGGGAGGAUGAGAGGUGAACCCCCUCCAGGCAGGGUGCAGGAAGCCGGAGAGACAGACCCAGUGUGUGUCCCCAGAUCUUCAUGGACACCCAGGGGGUCUCCAAUUAGUGGCUUCCUGGCACAGGGUCUCUUGCUGCAUGUGCAGGGAUGGCACUGAGUAAGACAUGCUGGGAGCUGAGGUGCUCAGCCCUGCACGCAUCCCUGCACCAUGGCAAAGUGCACAGGAGCCCCUUGGGGAGCUGGCAGCACUGAGCCCACCCCAAACCCAACACAUAAACCUGGACAGGAGGGACUGGAGAUGUCCCACGGUUGUUCCCUUGCCAGCACUGUUAGCAUCUCACCUGGCUAUGGCCAGCACCCAGAUGUGGACCUGGCCAAGCAGUAAGUGGCUGCUGCACCCUUCUGGGAAGUCUCAGGAAGUUCCUAUGGAUGUCGUGUGGAUGCUCUCGGGGCGUCACCGCAUGUCUCCAUCCUCCCUCCCGAAAGCAAUGCAAAGACCAUGAUGAGCCCUACCAGCGGGGGGGACACAGGACACAUUGAGGCCCCUCAGGACAUGGGGACCACUGGAUGUUGGGACCUUGAGGCCCUGCACGCCCAUGAGCCUGCGGGGGCCGUGUUCCCCAAGUUGCUCUGCAGCAGCUGCUCCUGAGGCUGUGUCCUAUGGGGUGCACUGCGCUGUUAUCAUUCAGAAUAAAGCCUCAGGGUUUGGAGGA